AUGCAAGCCGGCAAUCAAGCUGACAAAGACUCGGAUCGAGUUGAUACGGAGGAAGAGAAACGCAAUGCAGAAGCUGAAGGGUUUCUGAUUGAGCUAAAUCUGUCAUCCUGUUAUGAUUUCGUCGAGCAAUGUUGUGUCUGUAUCUCAAAUCACCUUUCGGUCAUGAACAAACAGAGGGAAUGCCCUGAGGAAUGCGGGGAAGCUGCGGCAUCAUUGAUGUUUGCAGCUGCAAGAUUUGCUGAUUUGCCAGAAUUACGUGACCUUAGAAGCAUAUUUACUGAGAGAUACAGGAAUUCCCUUGAUUUUUAUGUAAAUAAAGAGUUUGUUGAAAAGUUGAAGUCACUGCCUCCUACGAAGGACAAGAAGCUUCAAUUGCUGCAAGACAUCGCACUAGAGUCUGGUGUAGAGUUGGAUUUAAAGGCGUUGGAACAGAAGCUAUAUAAUCCACCUGCAUCUGUUGAGGACUGGCCAACGAAUAACAAUGAUAAAUACAAACUGCACAAUAGCAGGGAUGAAACUGUCUGGAAAAUGGAUGAGUUGAGUACUGGGUACGAACAUGGCAAUGUAAAGGAGCAUAUUGCUCCAAAAAGGAAUGAGGAGGACCUCCCAUUUAACGGAAGAGAGAAAGUCAUCAAUGAUGAAUACAAAUUGGACAGCAGAACAGAAAAUGGUGUGCCUGAAAGAAAUAGUAGAGGUCAUCUGUCACAUGAAAAACUGGAAGACACUCCCAUCAAAGAUAUUCAAGUGGCGACCAUUCACAAAAGAGGCCAAGAAAAUGAUUCAAAUGUGGCAAAAAGUGUUUCCAAGGAAUAUUUGGAAGAAAAGAAGCCCUUUUCCUACCGUUCAAUACCCCCUCCUUAUACCAAACCAAAUGUAAGCAAAAAAGAAGCCAGUUUGGAAGUCCGUUCUGCUGGUGAAGGCUUAAGAUCCACAAAAUUGAGUGUUGAUGUUGACGGUGAUGAUAAUCUCAAGGAUGAUUCAGUUGGUGAAGCUAAGCCAAAAUCAGUUAGGAGGAGACACCUGAAACUGCCACCUGGUCAUGACAGCGGAGGCAGUUCCGAAGGUGAUAAUAGGAAAAUGAAUCAACAUGGAAUGAGAAAAGAAGAUGCAAACAAGGGCCAUAAAACCUUAGAAAAGGAUGGUCAUGAUCAGAGGGACGAAGAAGAAACGAUGAUGGAUAGGCUUUUGAUUAAAUACAGUACAAAACGGUCACCUCACCAACCGAGCCAAGCAGAAUCAACUCUUAAGCCUCCUCCUGCUUCCCAACAAGCAGCUAUUGAUACUGCUAAAACCUCUAGGCGCAAAAGCAUAGAUGGUCCUCCAGCCAGAGCAACAUCUCUCCCCAUUGAACCAACAAGUUCAACCGAUGCAACAAAAGGACAUGCUCGAGCCUCUUCCUUUCAACCAGAAAUGUUGAAUCCAAAGGGGCACGUUCAUCCUAAACUGCCAGAGUACGAUGAUUUUAUUGCUCGACUUGCUGCUCUCAAGUCAGGGAAUUGAAGAUGAUUCAGUUAGAAGCCACAGAUCCAUUCUUUCGUCACAUUCUUUUCCUCAUUAAUUGCAUUGCAUGUCCACUGUAUUCUUCCCCA